UGUGUCAAGGUCCAAGGAGUGAAGAAAAGUGGCUUGAUUUAUGCCCUGAAGAAGUUGGAGGUACAGAUCUACCCAAGGGUUCAGAAAGAGGCAGCAUGGCAGUGAUUGCUGGCUUUGCUGGGGGUCACCAAUGAUGGCACAUUUAUAUUGUUGAAGGCCUUAUCCCCUAGCAGAAGUUUUGUUCACAUUUACUGUCUGCUUACCAGAUCUCAAAAUUAUUUAAAAGAGCAACAAAUCAGCUAAGACAGCCUGCAAGGUGAAGAUGAGGCUGGGCUACCCUGCUGUUGUUCCCUCUGGGAAGGCACAAGAACCAUGCUGGCAAGGGUGUGUGCUGGGAGCUCUGCACCAACAUAGGCCAUGCAGUGUGUGCUUCAUGCUCUGUUUCCAGAACUGCCAGCUCGGUGUCUUUCACCUGCACUGGCUCCCUGGGAGGAAAGAACCAAAGGAGAGUUGGUGGAAAACCAAAGGAGAGUCUGUCUACACAGAGACUGGCUGCUGUAGGAACCACCCCAUCCUGCUAUGAGUGUUGGCAGAGAAGAGGGAGAGGUUUGUGUCCUCUCCCACCUUUUAGCCAGAAGGAAUGCAUGUGCUUGGGAGCUUCUUCAUGCUCUCCUGCCAUGCUGAUGGAUUUCAUGACACGACUUUUAGCACCUGAGGAUAGGUGUGAAAAGGGAAGAGGUAGAGAAGUAGGAGGUGGAGGUGGUGCGAGUUAAUACAAGACCCAGUGGGAAGCAGCAGCAGGCAGUAUUAUUUCUGUGGUUUGAGCCAAAACUUUCUCUCUCUCUCUCACACACACACACUCAUUAAAUUACAACUAAUGCAAGUAGCAUUGUGAAGGAGGAAUUUGGGAACUGUCAUUCAUCAUCCAAUAGUUUGUAACAAAUGUGCUGCUCAGUGCCAUAGCCCAUAGCCUCACUGAGAAGUAAUUCACUUGGUAUUUGCAGGCAUGACAUGCAUGCCAUAAGAAUUCCACUGUUGUAUUAUGCCAGCAUUAGUGAGAGGAUAUGAAAAUAAAUGAUGAGCUAUUGUUUUUCAUUAUUAAGUCCAGGCUUUUUGCUCAUCUUGCUUUUUUCCUCCCUCCAUCUGUGAAAGGAGGAGCCUCUCUGUUCUUUUCACUUUCGGAUCAGGCAGGUUGUGCUCUCACUCAUCACAGAUCCCCCAUCUUCCUUCCAGACCAGCACCCUUUUGCUGCUCCCUCCAGCUGUCUCCUGGGUUUGGAGAUCAGCUGCAGCAGUCCUUUAAAUUGCUGUAGGGUAUUACCACAGAAUGAUAUGGCAUCAGAGGGGAUCUCAGUAUUUUGUUAUGGGUCUACAGAACUGUUUUGCCCUCACCAUUCCUCAAGGGGACCAAGCCCUGCUCUUCAUUGUUGCACUGGAAGGUUCAGACUUGAGUAGUGGGUCAGGAGUUGGUACUUUCAGGUCAUCCACAAGCCUUAAGUAACUCUUCUAUUAUUAAAAAAGAGGGAGAACUCUUGAGGCAGCUGUCAAUCUGAAUGAGAGCAGGAACAGAGCUGAGCAGCCUCUGUCAGGGACUGCUGGCAGUGGCCAGCACUUUAAAGAAGUCCACAAGGCAGAACAAGAGAAAUCUGUGACCCACAGUUGUGAGAGGCAUCCCUGUCCAUUCCUGUGGGCUUUCCUGUGUUUCCUCCAGAGUUCUGUAAGUGCAAAUGACUUAAACAUUACAGGGGAGUGAGACAGUUAAGUGUAAUUUAUCCCUGUUUUCUAGUGGGGUUGACUAAAGAAGAAAUCAUAGCAGUUUCAGAGAUGACCCCUGUUUCUGGAGUCAUCAAUUCAUGGGGCUUUUUUAAGCUGUCACAUAAACACCCACCUGCGCAAAAUAAAAGACUUCUUUGGAAAACUGGGCUUAAAUAUCCCCAUGAAAUCCUUAAACUGAGUCAGUACCAGCACUAUAUAGGACUCCUGUGCUCGUAAUCUUAUUCUUAAACAACUAACCCAGGCAGUCUUUCAUGUCAGUGAGUUGCUGCUCACUCCAGUGGCCCCAGCCCACAUUGGCUGUUCAGCAGAAAGCCUGGCUGAGCUGAAGGCAGAUGGCAGGGUAAGAGCUUGUGCUGAUCCUACUGCUAUUAACUCUACCACUCCUCUGCACAGCAAGCUGCUCCCUUUGAACAUCAGCAGAACCGAUUUUAAAAGCCCUGCGGCCCAGCCAUGUGUGACAGAAUAGCUCAUUUUGUCAGGGAAAAAGAUACCUUAGUAAACUUUUGAGUGGAAGCUGUCAGGGGUAACCUCAAGAUGCUGGAAGAAGCAGCCAUAGGCUCUGGGAAAGAGCAGCAGCCAGCUGCAGGUGUCAUGUUCCCACCUGAGAGGGGACAUGUGAAAACAGAUGCUUUUUUCCUCCGUCCUCUUUAUUCAUGCUCUCACAGCAGCAGCGUCAACACAGGAGCGUUCUGUGACGUCGCUUUGCACGUAGUCGUGGUUAUGAAAUCCAAAGCUGCUGGGUCACUGUACUUGUCCUACCCCAUGCUGUGCUGCCAGCACACCCUGGCACACAGCAACUGGCCAAGUGUAGCCAUGACCAGUGGUUCUCCCAAAAUAUCUCAGGCCAAGUGGCUCCCUGCCCCGCUGUCUGCACUCACUGACACGCGCAAGCACACACGCCUUUAACACCCACAGCGUGUGUGGCUCUCAGCAGGUCACUUCAGGGCAGUGGCAGAGUCCCACGUCUUGGAAACAGGGAGGAUGUGUUCCUCUGCCCAAGCUCCUCCACACAAUCCUCUCACAGCCCUUGCAGUGAUUUAAGUCCUUUCCACUGGGAAAAGAUCACUGCAUUUGAUUCUUGAAUUUUGCAAUAUGCAUAAGUGGUGUGGUGGUGACACUGGGCUUGAAGCCAUCAACUCAUAUUUACUUGUGAUCUAAGACAGUGAUUUCUGUUCAGACCUCAAAGGGCAAGUUGCUGUGUGAUUUAAAGUCAUGCUACCAGCAGAAGCAUAUGACCUCAUGGUAUGAAAAAGCAGGAGGAGAUUAGCAAAGAAGUUUCUGAGGUACACAAAUGUCCAUGGGAAAAAAUAAAAGAAACACAUUAACAGGAGAGUCAGUCUGUCUGUGUAAGAGAAGGCUGGGGAAAUGACUAAUAUGUGCAAUUUGAUUCAGAUGUUCCCUCUUUGAUUCAGAUGUUCCCUCUUUGAUUCAGGCCCCCUCCUUUGCUUUCCCUACCCCUUACCUCGCCUUGGAUUUUUCUGCCUUUUAGAAGAGAACGAGCGAGGGAGAGUGGAAGGACUCAGUGAGGAAGGAGUUAAGGGAAUGCUCACUGGGGAUUAUAAAACAGCCAGGCACUUGGAAACAGUUAAGAAGAGAGAAACAGAUCUGCCAGGAGGGAGUGUGGCACUGGAGCCGGUGGUUUAUUUUCAUGCCUCUCUACACAGCAAUGCAGAAGUCUCUCCUACCAUGGGGACGGAGGUAUGGCCUCGCAUGUGCAAGUUUUCUCUCCUCAUACCCUUCAGUCAAGUGCCUUCUGUAGCGUGAAGAAACUGAAAGUGGAGCCGAGUUCGAACUGGGAUAUGACUGGGUACGGCACACACAGCAAAGUCUACAACCAGGGCAAGAACGUGCAGUCCUCCCAAGCAGCCGCCGCAGCAGCCGUCAACGCCUCCCUCCAGAUCCCCAAUCCAAGCAUCCCUUACGAGCAGACCAUCAUCUUUCCAGCAAGCACGGGGCACAUCGUGGUUACAUCUGCCAACAGCACUUCUGGUGUGGUUGCAGUGUCUGGGCAAACACUGGGCGGGCCACACAACCUGAUGCGUCGCAGCACUGUGAGCCUUCUGGACACCUACCAAAAAUGUGGACUUAAGCGCAAGAGUGAGGAGAUUGAGAACACAAGCAGCGUGCAGAUUAUCGAGGAGCAUCCACCAAUGAUUCAGAACAAUGCCAGUGGGGCCACUGUAGCCACCGCCACCACCUCCACGGCCACUUCCAAAAACAGUGGCUCCAACAGUGAAGGGGAUUACCAGCUGGUGCAACAUGAGGUGCUCUGUUCCAUGACCAACACGUACGAAGUUUUAGAGUUUCUUGGCCGUGGAACCUUCGGACAAGUAGUCAAAUGCUGGAAACGUGGCACUAAUGAGAUUGUGGCUAUCAAGAUCCUAAAAAACCACCCUUCUUAUGCCCGGCAAGGCCAGAUUGAAGUGAGCAUCCUGGCUCGGUUGAGCACGGAAAGCGCGGAUGACUACAACUUUGUCCGUGCUUAUGAAUGCUUUCAGCACAAGAAUCACACAUGCUUGGUAUUUGAAAUGUUAGAGCAGAACCUCUAUGAUUUCUUAAAACAAAAUAAAUUCAGUCCAUUGCCCCUUAAGUACAUUCGACCGAUUCUCCAGCAGGUAGCAACUGCCCUAAUGAAGCUGAAAAGCCUGGGACUGAUUCAUGCUGACCUCAAACCAGAAAACAUCAUGCUGGUAGACCCAUCCCGACAGCCAUAUAGGGUCAAGGUCAUAGACUUUGGUUCAGCUAGCCAUGUGUCUAAGGCUGUGUGUUCUACUUACCUUCAAUCCAGAUACUACAGAGCCCCUGAAAUCAUCCUCGGUUUACCCUUUUGUGAAGCAAUCGAUAUGUGGUCAUUGGGAUGUGUCAUUGCAGAGCUGUUCUUGGGCUGGCCCUUGUACCCAGGAGCUUCAGAGUAUGAUCAGAUUCGCUACAUUUCACAGACGCAGGGCUUACCAGCAGAGUAUUUGUUAAGUGCAGGGACAAAGACAACGAGGUUUUUCAACAGGGAUACAGACUCACCAUAUCCCUUGUGGAGGCUGAAGACACCAGAUGAUCAUGAGGCAGAGACGGGGAUUAAGUCAAAGGAAGCAAGAAAGUAUAUUUUCAACUGUUUGGAUGAUAUGGCACAGGUAAACAUGACGACGGAUUUGGAAGGAAGCGAUAUGUUGGUGGAAAAGGCAGACCGGAGGGAGUUCAUAGAUCUGUUAAAGAAGAUGUUGACGAUAGACGCGGAUAAGAGGAUAACACCCAUUGAAACUCUGAGCCACCCUUUUGUCACCAUGACACACUUGCUCGACUUCCCUCACAGCACACAUGUCAAGUCCUGCUUCCAGAACAUGGAGAUUUGCAAGCGGCGGGUGAAUAUGUACGACACGGUGAACCAGAGCAAGACACCAUUCAUCACCCACGUAGCCCCAAGUACAUCGACCAACCUGACCAUGACUUUUAACAACCAGCUCAACACAGUCCACAACCAGACCACCAACCUGGCUCCCACCUCCUCCAGUGCCACUAUUUCCUUAGCCAACCCCGAGGUCUCCAUACUAAAUUACCAAUCUGCACUCUACCAGCCCUCAGCGGCGUCCAUGGCUGCGGUGGCCCAGCGGAGCAUGCCCCUGCAGACGGGAACAGCGCAGAUCUGUGCCCGGCCAGACCCCUUACAGCAAGCCCUCAUCGUCUGCCCACCAGGCUUCCAAGGGUUACAAGCCUCGCCUUCGAAGCACGCUGGGUACUCGGUUCGGAUGGAGAACGCCGUUCCCAUUGUCACUCAGGCUCCUGGGGCCCAGCCUCUUCAGAUCCAGCCAGGACUUCUUGCACAGCAAGCAUGGCCCAGUGGCACUCAGCAGAUCCUGCUGCCUCCCGCCUGGCAGCAGCUGACUGGGGUGGCCACCCACACUUCUGUCCAGCACGCGACCGUCAUCCCGGAGUCCAUGGCAGGCACCCAGCCGCUGGCAGACUGGAGGAACACGCACGCCCACGGCAGCCACUACAACCCCAUCAUGCAGCAGCCCACGCUGCUGGCCAGCCACGUGGCCCUGCCCGCCGCCCAGCCCGUCAACGUGGGCGUCGCUCACGUCAUGCGCCAGCCACCUGCUGCUGCCUCCGCCAGGAAGAGCAAGCAACACCAGUCGGCUCCACGCAACGCAUCCACCUAUGAAGUUUCAUCCUCCCAGUCCAUCAGCUCGCCCCAGCGGUCGAAACGAGUGAAGGAGAACACCCCUCCCCGCUGUGCCAUGGUGCACAACAGCCCUGCCUGCAGCACCUCGGUCACCUGCGGCUGGGGUGACGUGGCCAGCAGCAGCACGCGGGAGCGGCAGCGGCAGACCAUCGUCAUCCCCGACACCCCCAGCCCCGCCGUCAGCGUCAUCACCAUCAGCAGCGACACGGACGAAGAGGAAGAGCAGAAGCAUGCACCCACCAGCACCUUGUCCAAGCAAAGGAAGAAUGUCAUCAGCUGUGUCACCGUGCAUGACUCCCCCUACUCCGAUUCCUCCAGCAACAACAGCCCUUACACCGUGCAACAUCGCACAGGGCAGAAUAAUGGGAACAGCUACGACACCAAAGGGGUUCCAGAGACUCACUGCAGUGGGAACCCCCGAACGAUCAUCGUGCCACCACUGAAAACCCAGGCCAGUGAGGUGUUGGUAGAGUGCGAUAGCCUGGCACCAGUCACCACCAGUCACCACUCAUCCUCCUACAAGUCCAAGUCCUCCAGCACCGUGACCUCCACCAGCGGUCACUCUUCAGGGAGCUCGUCUGGAGCCGUUGCCUAUAGGCAGCAGCGACCAGGAGCACAUUUCCAGCAGCAGCAGCCUCUAAAUCUAAGUCAGGGCCAGCAGCACAUCUCGACUGACCGUACAGGGAGUCACCGGAGACAGCAAGCCUACAUCACUCCAACGAUAGCUCAGGCCCCGUACUCCUUCCCGCACAACAGCCCCAGCCAUGGUACGGUUCAUCCCCACCUGGCCGCGGCUGCGGCUGCUCACCUGCCCACCCAGCCCCACCUGUACACAUACACCGCCCCCGCCGCCCUGGGCUCCACGGGCACCGUCGCGCACCUGGUGGCCUCGCAAGGCUCCGCCCGGCACGCGGUGCAGCACACCACCUACCCCGCCAGCAUCGUCCACCAGGUCCCUGUCAGCAUGGGCCCGCGCGUCCUGCCCUCGCCCACCAUCCACCCGAGUCAGUACCAGGCUCAGUUUGCCCAUCAGACCUAUAUCAGUGCUUCUCCAGCCUCCACAGUCUACACUGGAUACCCACUGAGCCCCACCAAGGUCAACCAGUACCCUUACAUCUAAACACUGGAAUAAAGAGCGGGAGACGCACCCAGCCCGGGGGGAGUGAGGCAGCCACUUUUGUAUUGAAGAACAUGACAAACUAACAAUGCAAUGGGAGGCUCGUGUGAAACUUGAACGAAGGAGACUUUAGGAAGAAAAGAAAAAGAGGAAAGAAGGGGGAAAACCAAUUCUACAAUUUUUAUUUAAAAAAAAAGAAAAUGGAAAAAAAGAACAGAAAAAAAAUAAACCACAAAAAAACCAACCAUUCUGCACCAAACUAGAGAGAAAGAGAGAAGGAGAAGGACCCUCCAGUGGGUCCUGUCUUUUGAAGAUCUUCACCAACAGACUUUUAAAGGUUAUUUUCAUCCAAAUAGUGAGCUAUAUUUAGAAAUUUGUUGUCCAGAACACCUAAAAUGAAAUCCAUUAGGUUUUUAAUCCUGUAGGUAUGUGGAUUAGGGAUUUAUCCAGCAUUUCAAAGGAUUUAUACAGCAGUUUUUGUAUCCCAGGAUAUACAUAGGUUGGGGGGAUUUUUAACAGAAAAAGAAAGUGGGUAAGGGACACUGAGGGUGGAGGACAAAACGUUGUCCCAGUGCUCUGAAUUUGGGCCUAACACUGCUAAACUUAAACACACCUGGGCAAAACAGGCCAUGCAGCACUGGUUGAGAGCAGAAGCAAUGGGGAUGUUUCUUCCUCUUCUUGAACACACUGGAUAAAUCCCUGAGAAAUGCUAUUCCUAAACAAGAUCUCUAAAAAUGUA